GCACCGGCCCCCGGGCGGGCAACAGGCAUCGGGCCCCCGGGCGGGGAACAGGCAUUGGGCCCCCGGGCGGGGCGACCAGAAUCGGGCCCCAGGCAUAGCGGCGGGCGCCGGGCCCCCAGGAGGGGCGACAGGCAUCGGGCCCCCAGGCGGGCAACAGGCAUCGGGCCCCCAGGGGCGGCGACAGGCGUGGGGCCCCCAGGCGGGGGCGACAGGCGUCGGACCCCCCCAGGCGGGGCGACAGGCGUCGGACCCCCAGGGGGGCAACAGGCAUCGGGCCCCCAGGCGGGGCGACAGGCUUCGGGCCCCCAGGCGGAGCGGCGGGCGCCGGGCCCCCAGGAGGGGCGACAGGAAUCGGGCCCCCAGGCGCGGAGCGGUGGGCGCCGGACCCCCAGGCGGAGCGACACGGACAGGUCUCGGGCCCAGGCGGAGCCCCCCAGGUGGGCGCCGGACCCCCAGGCGGAGCGACAGGUCUCGGGCCCUCAGGCGGAGCGGCGGGCGCCGGGACCCCCAGGUGGAGCGACAGGUCGCCGGGCCCUCAGGCGGAGCGGCGGGCGCCGGACCCCCAGGUGGAGCGACAGGUCUCGGGCCCUCAGGCGGAGCGGGCGGGUGCGACCC